GCAGUUGUGGCAGCACGAAAAGGGAGAGUUUGCCAGAAGCACCAGGAGCCGCUGAAGCUCUUCUGCAAGGACGAUCAAGCCCUUAUCUGUGUGGUCUGUGACCGAUCCAAGGAGCACAGGGAUCACGAGACCCUUCCUCUUGAGGAGGCCUCCCAAGAGUACAAGGAUCAGUUCUGCAGCCGUCUGGAGAGUCUGAAGAAGAAGAGAGAAAGAAUUGUGGCAUCUAGAGAAGAUGUAGAGAAGGAAAGCCAAGACCUGCUC